ACAUUGGCUUCGGGCAGCGGCUUCCCUUGUUCGAUCGCUGUGGAGCACGUAUAUGAACACGGAAAUUUUCAAAAAGCGCGCUCGUCUUGUUUUGCAGGUGCCGGGGUUGGUCCCCCGUCCACCAGAUGGCUCUAGCAGCCACGCGCGCGGUCGAAGGAAAAAAAAAAACGCUCUUGGCGACGUUCCGGCCCGGGCUCGCUGGGCCUGCGGUACGCCCCACCGCGACCUUUCAGAACAGGGCAAACAUGGGCGCCAGUCUACAGGAAAGCAAGCUUAGACCUCAACACUUGUCUCUCACAGGCCACGAUCGCAUCACGGGGCCUCACAGCCUACCAGAAGAAACGUCGUCUGCAAGCCGAAAUGUCGUCUGUUCAACGUAGUGCGGCUGCGUUCGCCCGCUUCGACCGAGCGGCGAGUUUUGUUUUCGAAAUUCGUCGCCUUCUCCGCCGCACGAUCGCAGACCUUGUUAAUCAUGGACGCAACCAGCAAUCAACACGCCCUGCAACGAAACUUAAACAUUGAAAUCAAGCAGGAGCCAGUAUCGCCACCGGGCUCUGAUGUCGAAGAGGAGGAAUACGUGACACCAGACUUGUACAGGAGCUCCUGUAUACCACAUCUAACCAUAAAGAAGGAGGAACCGACCUCAUCACCAGAAGCAUCACCAAAUAGAGCAUUCGUUCAAGAAGCAAGUGAUCACUCAGCAACUGCAGUCCACCGAACGCUGAAGAAAAACAUAUCACCGUCAUCAGCCUUUGCUCCAAACAGUGUCAUCACCGGCAGCCGUGACCACAGAGAGUCAGAGUCUGAAGAUGCGCAUGCUGGCGUGCCACUUCAGGUGUGCCUCGAAGUCGGCGAGACUGCAGGACCCUGGGCAACCAAUCAAGCAAGCUCGGGCGGCAAUACGUUGGUGGACAAAAACAACAACGGAAGUGGAGGCACCGGUGAUGGGACGGCCGCAAAGAGCCAAUCUUCGCAGUCAACAGCGGCCAAGAGCGGCCGCCGCAUGCCGCUGCAGUGCCCGCUCUGUCCAUACACAACCCACAAUGCAACCACCAUGCGCGAGCAUUUGCCUGUGCACACCGGUGAGCGACCAUUUCGCUGUCCGACGUGUGGCAAGCGCUUCUCCCGCAAGAAGUACUUCCGGGUACAUUUGCGCCUACACGACAAGAAGGGGGACAACGAUGUCUUCACUAGUGGUGACAACAACAGCAGCAGUGGCAUGCCAGGCGACUCAGCAGCUUCAGCCCCGGCCAAGGCCUCUCACGAGUGCGAGAUGUGCGGUGAGACCUUCACGCAGCGCCAGUUCCUGCAAAGGCACGUGCAAGCGGUACAUGUGCUCGACGGGAUGAGUGGUGGCGGCUCUGAUGGCAGUAACAGCGGCAGCACAGGUGGCAACGUGUGUCCCGAAUGCAACAAGAGCUACAAGUACGCGGGGAACCUGCGCACACACAUGCGCAUACACACAGGAGAACGCCCAUACAUGUGUGACGUCUGUGGCCUCCGCUUCACCUGCUCGAGCUACCUGCAGGUACACUUGCGAACGCACGUGCAGGAGAAGCCAUAUGCGUGCCCGCAGUGCACCAAGACCUUUGUGCACAACUCGGCACUGACGGUGCACCUACGGACACACACGGGCGAGCGCCCCUACCAAUGUCCACGCUGCCCGCUGCGCUUCAGCCACCUGCGCAACAUGAAGCGCCACGAGAUCUGCAUCCACACCCGCGAGUAUCCGCACGUCUGUGCGCUGUGCCAUCGCGGAUUCCUGGUCGUCACCCAAUGGAGGCAGCACGUCCGCUCGCAGCAUGGCCUGGAGUGCGACGACCUGGACGGUGGAGACGACGACGGCACCCCCCGACAUGGCCGAAAGCCGGGAGCCACUGCAAGAGCAGCCGUCAACGUUAAGCCAAGGGACGGAAGUCUACCAGGUGACACCAUAGUGCCGUCAACUGUAUCGGGGACCUGAAGAAGGAUGCAAAGAUCAUAUAGCUGGCUCUCAACACCACAUGGUGAUGCUCUACAGCACUGAGCUACGGACUUGUUACAUGACUGUUUCAGCUUCCCAUAUACUGAUGUUCAUGUUGCAAACCUUGCUGCAGUCAUGGAACUGUUAUUUCAAAAGCUUAGCGGGCGGAUGGGCAUUAUAUUCUGCAUAUAUGUUUUGUUGGAUGUUGAAAACCAAUCUUUUAUCAUUUUUUGUUGGUUUGUUGCACUAGCGCAACUGAGCAUCUGCCAAGUGUUACUUUGUUUGUUUACCUUUGUUUUGUUUGUCUGUCACAUGCCAAAACAGCACAGCUCAACGUCAGUCAUUUAGGUGAGCUUGUGCAUGUCAUUGUGCUGAAAUAGUCAAAGGGCACAUACAUGCCAUAUAGAAAUGAGUAUUAAGAGUAUUGAAGUUCCCAUAACCAUGUUGCUUGUUGAAAACCAAAGUUUGACUGGUCUUAUCACUAGUCUCAGAGUUGAAUGUGCGUUGACUAGUCUUACAGAAGAAUUAUUUUGCCAUAAAGUUCAUUCAACUACCCUGUCCUAUCUAAUUUCAAGUUUCAGACUUGACUGUAUAUUAACUAGUCUUGCAACAUUAUUAUUUCGCCAUGAACUAUGUUGUCCUAACCAAAUAUCCUUAUUUGUCAAGCUGCAUUAGAAAGGCGCAUGCAUAUGCCUAGUCUGCUGAGAAUCAAAGCCAGCCUGGUUUUGUAGCCAGCAUCAGAGUUUGAUUGCAACUAGAGUCACAAAAAAAUUGUUUUGCAAUGAAGUUUGUUCAACCACCUUGUGCUAUCCAAAUUCACAUUUGCAUCCAAGAGGUAAGUUUGCGCAUCUAAUCGAGCACUUAGAGAGACGCUAAAGAAAUAUACUAAACAAGUCAAGAUGGACAGAUUACCCCUUUCAAAACUCUCUCAGUAUUUCUUUACCAGAAAAAGAUCGCUUAUUGAAAGAGAAAUGUAAACAAACGUUGCAAUUUUUGGACUAUUUUUCCCAAUGGCAGCAAUGACGCCAUUUGUGUGAUGUCAUAUUUUAAACUAACUUCACACAUUUAGGUUCUUUUUGUGCAAAAGAAGUCAACAAAGGUCAUACAGAACUUCUUCAAAUGCUUCGUAAUCAGUCAGUAAACAUGUAGCUACCCAUAAAGAGAUUUUAUCAAAAAUGCCUGCUGUCUGAGGAAGCAGACGCAGGAACUUCAGAGUAGUGUUGCAACCUUCUUGCAUUUUUGAAAAAAUAUUCUGGCAUAUCAAGCUUGCUGUCAUAUUAUGAUUUAUACAUUACUAUUGCAGAUGCAUAUAAUCUACAAAGCUUACUUAACAUUGUAUUUACAUUUAGUGUCCCCUUGAAGUCCAAAACUGAAUGUAUAAUUUCAAAAAUGUACCCAUGCUUCAAAUGUUUAACUUCACUCACAGCUACUGCUAUUUCAGGUUUGUGAAGUCAGUAUUUCGUAGCACCGCUAGCAUUUUGGUGAUGUACAAGAAAAGAAGUAUUCUCGCUCACUAUCUGCAGAGGUUGCAGCAUUAUUAUAGACUUGCUACACCUAUUAUAAGACAUUUGCUGUCACUCCUGAAGUGGACUUAAAGACAAAUAUGGUACAAGGGACAAAGGUAACAAAUAACUUUUGUGAAGUGUUGAGUACAAAGCAAAAGUCGUCAUGCACUGUACAAAGAAAUAAGACGACCCUGGAGAGCUGUUUGAUGCAUUAACUUGCGUGUACAAUGGUUAAAUGAGCGUCACUAAAUAGUGUGUUGCAGAAAUUUGCUAUAACAGUCCAUGUUGUUACAGUACGACAAGCAGCAAAGGCACGGUGCCAUUAUGCAUGCAUGCGACCAGUUGAUAUUCACCUUGGUAUAGUACUGGGUACCGUCUCGAGACCAGACCCAUACUGCACUAUAAUUAACUGAUAAUGCUAUUACGAAUCCCCAUAAUCAUUUGUAACAAUACAAAGUGAAGUUAAUCCCAUCCUUCGAGGCCAUUAUUAUCAGCCUUUCAUUUCUUAAUCCUUAAAGACUGUUAUGAUAAAACCACAUCUACAGGUGAGAACAUACAAAAUGGCAGACACAAUACACCAUGCUUUUACCACCCGAAAGGUCUAUGGCCUGAUGGCCCAUGUUUUCAAAGUUUUAUCAUUUUAUAGGUAAGUUGGCACCAAAAGUUUGCAGACCACAGGACUCAAGAAAAAAGCUGAAUAUUUCAGCAUCCUAGAAUUUGAAUUUCCAACAUGUCAUAGUACAUCAACCCUCAAUAUAAUGAAUAUGGAUAUAAUGAAUUAUAUUAUAUAACAAAGUAAAUCUAAAAUUUUUCAAGCUAAUAUUGGCAUGUGUCAAACCUAUGCUUUUACAACAAAUAUCGGAUAUAAGAAGGCAUUGCCAUGUUGGAUGCAAUUUCACAAUAACAGAGCUUACUAAUAUGCAAAGAAUAUAAUGAUGUACAGUUGUACUGAUUGCAGGCACAAAUUGCUUGAAAAAUAAACUUUUCAAGAAACCCUCGGUCCAUAAACAUUUGGUGCUGACUGUUUAUCUAUCCAAAAUGUCCAUACCAUGGUCAGCAGUUUGUGCUACAUAAUGAGAGUGUUUUCAGUGACCCAAACUGGUUUAUGAAUGUUGAAAAGUGCAAAAACAGCUGUUGUUGUUGUUGUUGGGAGCUUGACCACCAGAGGAAGUUCAGUUACAGCAGUACAAAUGUUACCCUAACAUUUUAUAUGUGGCAUUGCUGGUAACUGUAGACUACAGUUUCACAAAUGUUAUGGCAUUUCUUUGCAAUAUUAUUUACCGCCUUUGCCUUGAACACGGUGAGAAAAUUUUUUUUGUUGCCUUCUAAGUCAAGGCACUAUUUUUAUUUAACCACUAAAAAUUUACGAUAAAAAUGGAGACACUGAAAUUCUUUAAAUCUAUGUUCGUGGUUAGGCCGGGCUUCCAAGACAUGGCUGGAGCAGAACAUUAGGGAACCUUUGCCAUUUUCCCAGUGUGGUUACAUCUGCUGUCUACUUUUCAAGAUACAGGUCUGGGACUGUCAGUUUCCCCGAAAGGAAUGCCAUAAUGUUUACCAUCAGCUAAAGUAUGCUAUGGCAGAAAAUGUUACACGUUCAUAGAAAUUAACAGCAGCAAAGUGUCUGCUUGCAUUAAGGAUGUCAAUUAUUGCAAACAGCAUGAGAAAUCAUUGCCAUUCAUUUAAGUUUCAGGCGUGUGAGGUUGUUAAUGAUUUUAGUUAGAGUUGCAAAACCUUCCUGCCAUCAAAUAAGCAGCAACAUUGACUGCGGCUCCUCAAAGUACAUCACAAUGUCAGAGACACAUUGGGAAACAGUGUUAGAAACAUAUAUAUAUAUAUAUAUAUAUAUAUAUAUAUA